AUGAGUGAUAUCAGUGACAGACAAAUCAUAGGACCAAAAGAGAUUAAACAAGAAGAAGAAAUGGAAGAGAAGUCGAAAAUGGAAAGACGAUUAACCUUGAAACGAGCGAUCGAUGAAAUUGCUGGACAAAUUAAUUGUGAUGAGCAGCUUAAACGUUGCAAAAUUAAAAUUGAAGAUGGUAAUGAAGAAGAUUUAUCCGAAAUUUGUGUUAAUAAUAUACUUCUCACUAUGGAACCGUCCACAAGUCAUUCUGUAACAGUGAACUGUGAGGAUGGGACUAUUUUAACUGAUUUUGGUGAAAAGGGUCCCACAUCUACUAAAUCAACUAAUUUACGACAUGUGCUUGUUUUCAAAGGUCCUGAAAUGGAAUGUUUCAUAGAUUUGGUUCGACGUAAUGAAAUACUUUGGGAUGGUAGCUUUGAAGAAUAUCACACACGAACAAAUAAAAAGAAGCAAGCUUGGGAGAGCAUUGCUGCAGAGAUGUCAAAUGAUUUGAAGCAAGUUGACGAAGAAACAUGUCGGAAAAUAUGGCUUCAACUGCGACGAUCCUAUGCAAAUGAGAAACGACAGCAAAAGCAGAAUCCUGGUGCAAGAACGACGCGCAAUUGUAAAUAUCGACGAUAUUUUGUUGCAAUGAAAUUUCUGGAUGGCAUCAUGGAAGAGGAAUUUGCUCGUGACAGUUUUUUCAUAUCCGAACCAGAAGGUGGAAAGUCAUGUAGCAAUAGCCCUGCCCCAGAGCCAGGAGUUUCCAGGAAAGACAUUGUUGAUAACAUCCGAAAAUCUGGAGAUGUUCGUAAAGAAAUUUCUAUGGAAAAUGAUGUUAAUACUUCGAAGGUGAUUGAUACUAUUGCUUUACUGGCGCAUCAAUUGCAAAGUCAAGGAAAUGAGCCACCGGUUGAAAUGUCACAACCAAUGCAGUCAUUGCAAUCAUCGCAACCGUCAAAACUACCAAAAACAAGAGAUUCUUCCAUCGUCAAUGCUGCAGUACCUACAGAAGAGCAGUUUUACCAGCAGCUUCAGUCCUGCUUUUUUAUGCUAACACCCGAAAAGCAAACAAUUUUACAACGUGAUAUCAUGAAAUUUGCAUUCAGGCGGACGAAUCAGUUGAUGGAUGAUACUGGUUUCUGA